AAGAGUGAGGGGGCAGAGGGGAGGAGGAGCCUGUAGCACACGCGCGUACAGUCACACGCACUCGUAUGCAGCGCAGUUGUCUCGUACUGUCGGCGCGCGUGGAGCAGCUUCAUCUCCUUUCUCCUUGUGGUUUGUGGAAAAAAGCGCAUACAAUUUUACGCACGUGUGCGCGCGCAAAAAUGACAUUAGUGCUGGACGCGGGCUGGAAAAAGAGUAUCUGGAGCUCCUGUAGGAGUUAAAGGAGUGUUUGUGCGCUUCUUUGCUCUGUGUUUGUUCCGUUUUUCCUCCGUGUUCACUCCGAAUUCCAACAUGGACCAAGGAGCAACAAGCGGCGGAGUGCGACUGCUGUUUGCGCGCCUCGCAGGAAUAAUGCGCUCGUGAAAAGGGGUGGAUUUGGGGCUCAGACUGUGGGAAUCCUGUACCCUGACUCCUUGUGCACGUGCAGAACCGGAAUGAACACGGAUUUGAGAAUCUUAUAACUGUCUCUACAACUGUCUCCCGCCUGGCGCUUGUUUUGCAUUUUUCCGCGUGGAGAGCGUCGAGGAGCGGCUUGAUUUUCCUGCCGAAACAAGUUACAACGCGAUUGGACGCAGCCAUGGGCAGGUACCCGAGCCAAACCUCUCAGCUUGGUGCCGGGUUUACAUUUCGGCUCCUGUGGACGCUCCACGCUCUUGUGGAUCUGUCUGGCUCCCAGGAGAUUUACGCGCCACACUCGAUCCGGGUGGAGGGCGAUGUGACGCUGGGGGGGCUUUUCCCGGUGCACGCCAGGGGCGUCCCGGGGAUGCCGUGCGGCGACAUUAAGAAGGAAAACGGCAUCCACCGGCUGGAGGCGAUGAUGUACGCUCUGGACCAGAUCAACAACGACGAGGAGCUGCUGCCCAACGUGACGCUGGGCGCGCGGAUCCUGGACACCUGCUCGCGGGACACGUACGCACUGGAGCAGUCCCUGACUUUCGUCCAGGCGCUCAUCCAGAAGGACACGUCAGACGUGAGGUGCACGAACGGGGAGCCGCCAGUUUUCGUGAAGCCGGAAAAAGUUGUGGGGGUGAUCGGAGCGUCGGCCAGCUCCGUAUCCAUUAUGGUGGCCAAUAUCCUGCGCCUCUUCCAGAUUCCUCAAAUCAGCUAUGCAUCCACCGCCCCGGAGUUGAGCGACGACCGCCGCUAUGACUUCUUUUCCCGAGUCGUUCCUCCAGACAGUUUCCAGGCACAGGCCAUGGUGGAUAUUGUCAAAGCCAUGGGCUGGAACUAUGUCUCUACAGUAGCCUCUGAAGGAAGCUAUGGUGAAAAGGGGGUAGACGCCUUCAUGACGCUCUCCAGAGAAGCAGGUGGAAUCUGUAUCGCUCAGUCCCUGAAGAUCCCCCACAAUCGCAAACCUCCUGACUUUGACAAAACGAUUCGGCUCCUGCUUAACACUCGUUACGCUCGAGCGGUCAUCCUGUUCGCCUCUGAUGAGGACAUCAGGGGAAUCCUGAACGCCACCAAGCGAGCCGAGCAAAUCGGUCACUUCCUGUGGAUUGGUUCCGACAGCUGGGGAUCCAAAAACAGUCCAAUCUACCAGCUGGAGGAUGCUGCUGUGGGAGCCAUUACCAUUCUGCCAAAAAGGGCAACUAUCAGUGGUUUCGACGCAUACUUCACAUCGCGGACUUUGGAGAACAACAGGAGAAACGUGUGGUUUGCUGAGUACUGGGAGGAAAACUUCAACUGCAAACUGAUGAGCUCCUCUAAGAAGGACGACAGCAGCAGAAAGUGCACAGGUCAGGAGCGCAUCGGCGUGGACUCAAAGUACGAGCAGGAAGGGAAGGUCCAGUUUGUGAUCGAUGCCGUGUAUGCCAUGGCACACGCGCUGCACAACAUGCAGCGGGACCUUUGUCCAGAGAACUCUGGGAUCUGCCCAGACAUGGAGCUCGCUGGAGGGAAGAAACUGCUCAAGUACAUCCGCAGCGUCAGCUUCAAUGGAAGUGCUGGCACAGGAGUCACUUUCAACAAAAAUGGUGACGCCCCUGGGCGCUAUGACCUGUUCCAGUACCAGUGGAACAACAUCACCGGACCGGGCUACCGCAUUAUUGGACAGUGGACAGAGACGCUGCAGCUCAAUAUUGAGGAUAUGCAGUGGCCUCGAGGAGAGCAGGAGACCCCCAUCUCGGUGUGCAGCCUUCCCUGUAAAGCUGGUGAGAGCAAGAAGGUGGUGAAGGGCAUGGCCUGCUGCUGGCACUGCGAGGCCUGUGAUGGCUACCAGUACCAGCCGGACGAGUUCAACUGCAAGCUCUGUGCCUACGACAUGAGGCCCAGUGCCAACCGCACGUCCUGCCAACCCAUUCCCAUCAUUAAGCUGGAAUGGCACUCCCCAUGGGCAGUCAUUCCAGUUUUUCUAGCUAUGUUGGGCAUUAUUGCGACCAUCUUUGUUGUGGCCACCUUCAUACGAUACAACGAUACACCCAUUGUGCGAGCGUCAGGCAGAGAGCUGAGUUACGUUCUCCUGACUGGAAUAUUUCUUUGCUACAUCAUCACAUUCCUCAUGAUCGCCAAGCCGGAUGUUGGUGUGUGCUCGCUUAGGAGGAUCUUCCUGGGUCUGGGUAUGUGCAUCAGUUACGCUGCCCUCCUCACCAAAACCAACCGCAUCUACCGCAUCUUUGAGCAGGGCAAGAAGUCAGUGACGGCACCCAGGCUAAUCAGCCCCACUUCUCAGCUGGCCAUUACCUUCAGCCUCAUCUCCGUCCAGCUACUAGGAGUGUUGAUCUGGUUUGGGGUAGAUCCACCCAACACCAUCAUAGACUAUGGCGAGCAGAGGACCAUCAACCCAGACCAGGCUCGAGGGGUUUUGAAAUGCGACAUCACAGAUCUGCAGAUUAUCUGUUCCUUAGGCUACAGUAUCUUAUUAAUGGUAACAUGUACUGUUUACGCCAUAAAGACCCGGGGGGUCCCAGAGAACUUUAACGAGGCCAAGCCCAUCGGGUUCACCAUGUACACUACCUGCAUCGUGUGGCUGGCUUUUAUACCCAUCUUCUUUGGCACUGCGCAGUCUGCAGAGAAGAUGUACAUCCAAACAACCACUCUGACCAUCUCCAUGAACCUGAGUGCAUCCGUUGCCCUGGGGAUGCUCUACAUGCCCAAAGUCUAUGUCAUCAUCUUCCACCCUGAGCUCAACGUGCAGAAGAGGAAACGAUCCUUCAAGGCCGUCGUCACGGCCGCCACCAUGUCAUCUCGACUGUCCCACAAGGCCAGCGACAGGCCCAAUGGAGAGGCCAAGACAGAGCUGUGCGAGAAUGUCGAUCCCAACAGUCCAGCAGCGAAAACAAAGUACGUGAGCUACAAUGACCUGGUGAUCUAAGUGGACCUCCAGCAUCGAAGGGACCUUCUGCAGAGGCGUCUGCUCUCCUGCCUGAUCUUCAGCUGCAAGAGGAAGUGGACAGCUUUCAGUUUUACCUUCUCUUGUUUCCGUGUUUCACUGCCCGCCACAAGCGUUCAGGUGUUUACCACCUGCAGAGAUUUUCUUUCUUCAGUCAAACAGGAAAGUGGUGGAGUCGAUGGUGAGGCUGACAGCAGGACAAAUUUGGCGGAUGCAGCAGACUGGUAUUGGCCGUGGUCCAGCAGUGGUCGUAAUGACGGUGGUAUUGAAAGAUUCCGCACUCCAUCUUGGCCCCAUUACAUGCACCUGUCGCCUCAUGUACUUACAUGCUGCGAGUUUCCCGACCUCCUCUGUCUAUGUGUGUACUCUUUCUGGCUGAUAUGUUGGCCCGCUUCGGUUCUUUCCUUCCUCUGUGUAACAGAUAUCAAAAAUUUGAUUUUUUUUUUUUUUUUCUGAUGCACAUUUAGUUUUUAUUAUGUGCUUUCUGUUCUUUAAAUGUCAACUGUAUAGAAAAGGAAAGCGUAAAGGUGGAUGCUCUUACAGCCCCUGAAAACUCCACCUCUGGGUCAGGCUCUGGAGUGUGAGAGAUCAUGAACACCCUCAUUGAUUCAUCAUGGAUGGUGCAUGCUUUCAAUCAUUUGCAGGUGCAAACGCUUGUGCUCUAUGGGAACCACAUGUCCCAUGAUGCUUUGUGGAUUGUACAGGAGGAACGAUGCUGCGGUCCAAUCAGCUGGAUCCACUGCUGUAACCGUGCCAUUUUGUUGUGUUUGUCUGCAGUUUGUCAGAUCACCGUGUUGCUGAAGACAGGGAUGCAGAUGUGUUCACGUGUGUUCUGUUGGCAUUUCUUUAUAUUAGCUGCAAAUGUGUCUGUCUUGCAUGCGUGCUAAGGUUUCAGGGUUCAGUUUUCAGGGGCUUAAGCUUGGCAAAGUGUUUAGGGUGGUCAUGUGACCGAAGGUCUGUCUGUGGAGACACCCAUGUAUCUCCACUCUCAUCCAACCUAAUCUUCUGUUGCAAAGACCGAGUCCAUGCAUUUAUUUAUAUUUUUUACAAAAACAUGAUUAUUUUUCCUAGAAAUGUCUUAAAAUGUCCAACAUUUCCCUGACAAACUUAACCCUUGGCAAAUAAAUUGCAAUGGUUUAACCCUUGUGCUAUCCUGUGACCCCACGGUCACAUUGAUGUGUUCUCCCUACCACGACAAAGGUGGAUAAAGGUGAAGAGGAUUUCAUGU